CAAAGGGCAGAAGGUGUUGCAACAUUUUCGGGCUCAGUGAAUGGACAGGUGUUCUUCACGCCCACCGACCGAAGUCAGAUAAACAUUACCGGAGUGCUGUUUGGGUUUCAGAGGAAGAGAACAAUGGGAGUCCACAUUCAUGAGACUGGAGAUUUGGAAAACCAUUGCAACAAUGCCGGUGGACAUUGGAACCCAAUUAAUCGUACUCAUGGAGGACUUGACUCAGAAAUACGUCACGACGGUGACCUUGGCAAUCUGCAAACUGAUCGCAGGGGAAGAAUGACGUUCAAUCUACGUGUCAAUCAGAAUCGAUUCGACCCCACAGAUGGAUUUAUCGGGCUUAGUCUUGUGAUCCAUGAACAGCAAGACGAUCUGGGUCUAGGAGGAAACGCUGCCAGCUUGGCUAAUGGCAACAGCGGGAGGCGAGUGGCUUGCGCGGUGAUUGGCUACAAGAAGAAACCAACUUUCGGUAUUUGCACACUACCG